CAUAUUCUCCAGAAAUGGGCAUCUCCAAAAUAGUGGAAUUUGGCAGUAAGCUGCUUGCAAUCACCACCUCACGUGCCAUCCUUCAAGUGAAGGAUCUAAUUAACCAAUCGAAACACUUUGAAAGCCUCUCGAAACUGCCACCCUCUCCUAUCCUCUGUUCCAAUGCUGCUUGAACUUGAACUCGAACUCGAACUAUCCGGCACUUUUUCAUGGAUUCUCUCGUAAUUAACUCCCCUUAUACAGCCCUAUCUUCUAACCUCCUUAACUCUAAUAACAUCACUUCUUUUAAUCUUUCUUCUUUUUGGUUUUUCAGAUUCAAGAAACCCAAUAAAUUGAAACCAUCUUUAGUUACUGCUUCAUACUCUAAUCCCCAAAACCCCAACCAAGAAUGGCAAAAUCAAAGCUCAUACUUAAAACCCUUUUCACUUCUUCUUCCAAUUUUCAAGAAAGUCAAAGACUUUGCAACAAAAGCCUCAAAUAACAAAUGGGUCUCUGUUUUUAAAGGCCCUGAGGAGUUUAGUGGAAAUUUAUUGCAAAAUGGAAGUUUUGGGAUGGCUUUAUUGAGUAUAACUUCAACAGCAAAAGUGAAAAUAAGUCCAUUUGUAGCUACAUUAGCUGCUAACCCAACGUUUGUUUCGGGUUUUAUAGCUUGGUUUAUAGCACAGUCAAUGAAGGUUUUCUUGAAUUUUUGUGUUGAGAGAAAAUGGGACUUUAGGAUUAUGUUUGCUUCUGGUGGAAUGCCUUCUUCACAUUCAGCUUUAUGCACGGCAUUGACCACUUCAGUUGCUAUUUGUCAUGGAGUUGCAGAUUCAUUGUUUCCUGUUUGUUUGGGAUUUACUUUAAUUGUGAUGUAUGAUGCUAUUGGUGUUAGACGGCACGCAGGGAUGCAAGCUGAGGUAAACAAGUAAUUCUCAUUUUGGCUUCUAUAGUGGUUAAUCUUUAUGUUUGUUCACACAAUGCAAUUUAUUGGCUCAUUCUUAUGUGUGUAGUUUGUGGGAAUAUGCUCUAAUCAUUUGAUUUUGUACAUAGUUAAUUCUUCAUUGAUUGAUUGAUUCAGAUAGACUACAUCCCUUAAAGUGGUUUCCCUUUUGGUAGUUUUAAGGUCUUGUGAGUGCAUUAAUUGCGAGAUAUGGUGGGCUGGUACAGGAUAACAAGAAUGUAAAGGUGUAUUCCUAAUCAAGAAAGAUCUGAAUACAAUGGAGCUAAUGUGGUUUGACUUACAAGUGCUACAUCAUUUAUUAGUAGUGGACCACUAGUGGUGAAUUGAUGCAGGGUAUUUUAUGUUCUUA